CCUCUCACACGGCUCAGCUGCCCCAUCUGCUGCUACCACCAUCACCACACCAUGAGCGUCGUCCAAUCCCUCGCCCCGGCUCACCAGAGCCUGUUCGAGGCCAAGGCGGUCAAGGGCCUCUCGUUCGAGCAGAUCGCGCAGAAGGUCGGGCGCGACGAGGUGUGGGUCGCCGCACUCUUCUACGGUCAGGCCAAGCCGACUGAGGACGAGGUCAAGAAGCUCGGAAAGGCGCUCGGUCUGCAGGAGGGGCCCUUGCUCAAGCACUGGCACCCGCACUACUUCCCCGAGCGCGGCGGCCUCAUCCCGACGGGGCAGGCUCCUGCCGACCCGACCUUGUACCGCCUGUACGAGAUCAUCUCCGUGUACGGCUACGCCAUCAAGUCGGUCAUUCACGAGCGCUUCGGCGACGGCAUCAUGAGCGCGAUCAACUUCAGCUGCAAGGUCGACAAGGUCCAGAAGAACGGCGCCGACAACGUCCAGAUCACGCUCACGGGCAAGUGGCUACCGUACGACUUCCACGAGGAGGAGCAGAGCGCGCAGUAGAUGCGCGAGGAGGGCCGUGCGAGCUCGCAAGGGCCGGGCUUGCCCGUCUCCCUCUCUCGCGCUCGCCUGAAAUGUUCAAAGGGUCUUUAUCUCGUCAGUCGU